AUUUACUGCGCCCCUUUUUUCAUUUAUUGGUACCUCGGAACCGUAAAUAAUCUCAAGCGUCCACUAACCCGAACCCAUAUAUUCCUCUUCCUCAAACCUAAACCGUUACCGCUUUCAUUACUCUCAAAUUCUCAAACCUCCAUAGCUCUCAAGUUCUCAAAAACUUUUCCCUGCUCUAAUGGCUUUCAUUAACAUCAACGACCUCACCAAAGAAGAAAUCAAUACCUUGGUCACUAACAUCUAUACUGGGAUGAAUUGCGAUCUUUCCGCACUCCCUGAACUCGCAGCAAAUCAUGAUACGAUGAUGAAAAUCAUCAAGGGAAUGGAGGAAUCACAACUAAACAAGGUUGUAGGUUAUCAUUUCGAUUCCUACAGUACGAUGGACGUGGCAGAAUUCUAUCUCAAUGCUACAUAUGAAGGGGAGACUAUCAAAUCAAAUGUCAAUGGUGAUGAGAUUAUCCUCACUCCAGAAACUAUCAACGCUCUAUUUGGUGUAGUGGAGGAUCCUCAAGAAGAAGACACUAAAGGCUUCUUAGCCCUAGACAGUGUCAAGGUCAUUGUUGAUAACUUUGUCCAACUCUACUGCAGACCUGAAGUGGAUAGAGUUCCCAAAUUGUACAUGAAGAAGAAUCUUCUUCAGAGUGAUUAUGAGAAGCUAGUCAACAUCUUCCAUAGGUGUGUCUGGAGCAAAAGCACCUCUACUGACGAUAUGACAGUCCUCAAUGCAAAAGAUGUUUUUGCAGUUCAUCAUGGGAUGAACAUCAACUGGGGACAUGUAAUCAUCAAAUCCCUAGUUGAAUUUAUCAAAAAGAAAGACAAGGAAACCCACCUUUUCAAAACCCCCAUGGGUUAUGGCCUUCUGAUAUCAGAAACCCUGCUAAAGGCAAGGAUAGGGCUGAGAAACCCUAUUGAGACAGACUACACCAAGUUACUUUUCCUCAACACCUCUGGUGACAGAAAGAUUGCCCUCAAGGCUGAACAGAAGAGGCUGAGGACUCUGGAAUUUAACCUGGAGAAGCUCCAACAGAAGGUGCUCAAACCCAAGAAGGCUGUGAAGAAACAGCAGAAACCCUCUACCCCAUCAGAAUCCGAAGAAGAAGAGGUUCUGAUAAGAAAACCUGUGAAGAAGGUUGUUAUGAAGAAGGCUGCCCCAGCCAAAGUUCAGAAGCUGGUGGCAAAGAAGUCUGUAAUUAAGAUAAAGGCACCUUCCCCUAUAUCUACAGAAAGCACCCCCACUGCCUCUCCCAUUCUAAAGAUGGCCAAGAUUCUGACUCCUGCAAUACAGGAGGAGCUUGAGGAUUCUGUCACCUCUGCCCUUGUCAACAGAAAUGCCUGGCAAGGCAAGAGGAUUGUCUUUGAGUCAAGUGACUCUGAAGAGGAGGUAGCAGUACUGGAUGCUACUAUUCAGGGGAAAUCUCACAGAUCUCCCUCUACACCUAUGGCUGAUCAACCCAUGAUGCCUUCCUCACCAGAAUAUCAUGAAGUUAACAGAACCCCCGAGCCCCAAGAACCUCAGGAAAAUAUCCCCUCUGCUCUAGACAAAGAAUUUCUCAGGGUUCUGGCUUGGAGAAAGUGGAGAGUGAGAUCUCUCUCUGAACUGCUCAUAAUGCUCCCCAACUUUAUAACUGAAAAAGCUGAAGUUCUAAGGUGGACUGGUACAGAGGAUGUUGAACAAUGCCUCAACAAGGACUUCCUUCUAUCUGUUCUAACAGAGAAGAAGAAGAAGGAAUGCAAAGGGAAAGGCAAGCACACUCAUGAUAAUGAAGAAGAGCAUGUCAAAGCUCUGACAGAAGAUGAAAUGGCAACCUUUGAUGAAUGGCUGAUUGAAAAGAAGAGGAAAGAAUCCCUUAUCAAAUUCCGUCACAAUGCUCAUGGAGAAGGGGAACCCUCCAAUGCCAAUGAUCUCCCCUUGACCAUGGAGAAGCUUAUCAAAGAAUGGAGGGACUCACCAUUCACAGAAACCAUACUUGAGGUAAUCCCUAAAUCUCCCUCUAUUCAUACAGAACCCCAUUUUCCUUCUCCUCCCAUAUCAUCUCCUAAACCUCAAACCCUCACCCAGAAUCCCAACUCCUUUUGCGACUCCACCCCAAUCUCCUCACCAGAAAUCCCCAUCCCCACAAGAAUCUCUCCCACCACAGAAAACAACUCCUCCACAGAAUACCCCCUCACCCUCACCCCAGAAAACUCCUUCUGUCAAAUCCAAACCUUCUUCCCCUUGUAAACCAACACCCUCUCACAGAAAUCGUUCUCCUUCACCUCCACCAUCUCCUCCACAACAGAAAAUCCCUUCUCCCCAACCAACACCCCAACACCAGAAAACCCCCUCAACUCAUAAAUCCCCUACUUCACCUCAACAGAAGUCACCCUCUCCUGCAGCAAAUUCUCCAAGAACCUCUCUACAUUCUGCCGCAUCUACUCCCAAGAGACAGCCUCUACACCGUAUCCUCUCUUCUGAUAGUGAGAAUGAUGGUUUCCUUCCAUCCUCCCUUGCUGGAGAUCUCACCUCUAAAUGACAACCAACUCCUGCCAGAGAACCUUCUCCUCAGAAACCUUCUCUGCAACAAACCAGAAGGCCCCCUAUGCACAGGUCCAGAGGACUGGGGAUGCCAGAACCUGCAGGGACAGAACCCCAAAUUCCCUUCAACCAGUUCAUUGAAGCUGCAGAAGAAUUUGGUGGUCAAAUUUUGGAUGGCAUGAACAAACUGAUACAAAUCAACGACAAACACUUUGAGCACCUAUCCCACGUCAAUGACACCUUCAAUUCUGGUAUGGACUUCAUCUCAUCCCGCUUUGCUGCCCUAACAGAAUCCUUAUACAACUUCAUGGAUUCAUCCACUGCUAAGACUAAAGCUCUUUCCACUGAAGUAGAAGACAUUCAUAAGACCUUAUUCACAUUUCACCAAACCUUGCUGACCUAAGGUGAAGCAAUUCACACCAUCUCUACCAACCUUGAAGCACUUCAAUGGGCUGAUACCAAAACUAAAGAGCAGCUGUUAGAGAUUGAGGAACUCUGCAAAGUCCACCGCGAUCAAACCAGAACUCUGUUUUCUGAUGACAAAGAGAGAUACCAGAAAUUGGUUCUCCUUGAAGCAAGCUCCAAGGAUAUUACCUCAGCUCUUCAAAAACAACAAGGUCUGAUAGAAGGGUUCACUUCUGUUACACAGACCCUUCCAGAAACCCUUGAACAGAUUGCCACAUCCCAGGCCACAGAAUUUCAGAAGAUUGCUAUGAUGAUCUCUGACCUGGAUGAUGCCAAAAAGGGGGAAGAGGACCCUCAUCCAAAGAAGAAGCAACUUGCCAGAACCUCAGUUGGCCCCUCUGCUGAUCCAGCUCCUUACUUUCAGGCUUCCAUGCAAAAGAAGAAAGAAGCUGGAGUCUCUAGAUCCUCAUCUCCCCACAGAACCUCAUCCAAGAAGAGAAAAGCUCUAAACUUCAGGGAAUGGAGAUUAAAUGGAUCUCAGAGGAUAGGCAUAGCUCAGUUUGAAGAAAUUCAACAGAAAAUGACCCCUACACAGCAACAUAACCUCUACCUUGACAGAGAAGGUCAAAUAAGAGUGAGGCAUGGCGGAUCACUGGAAGAAGCUGAGUACUGGUACCUUAACAAAAUUCUUCCAGGGAAGGACGUCCAUGCAGGUGUCCUCAACUACCUUGACUGCAAGCUUUCACCCAUUUGGGCAUCCUAUCAAAGAGCUGGGAACCUCACAGCUAUUAGAGAAGAAGUCAAUACUGAGCUGAAAAGACUAAAAGAAUUGGAUGAUCAAGCCAUAGCUAAUGCUGCAAGGGAAAAUUUGUAAAGGAACACCCCUACUCUUUCCCUUAAUAAAAGAUCAUCUCUGCCUUUCACUUUGGGAUCAUUGUCAAUAACACUUAGGCAAGUUAGACUUAUGCUUGGCAAUAGAUCAAGAUCAACCUUAUAGGUAUUUUCGAGUCUCUUGCCUUCUAGUAUGACUUAUUGUGAUUCGUUAUUAACAAUGUGACAUACAUUAUGAUAAAAAACUACACUGUUACCUUGAUCACAAAAUUGAGAAAUACUAA